UAUACACACACCCACCGUCUCUGAAGCGGAUCAAAAGCACAUGCACUCUCUCCGCCCUUCGAGAUAUUUCAUCAGCAACAACGACGCUCACUAAUUUUCCUUCUAUUUGCUUCUUCCGUUUUUAAGCCCACAUGCGUUAAAAGUUUGUCGUCAUUGUGCUACAAGAUGAGUGACUCGUUCGCUGUAAGGACGGACAACGGGUCAUCUGAUGCCAGGAUAUGUUUUGGACUGUCAAGCAUAACCUCUUAAACCAUCACUGCAAAAUACAGUGACUACAGGUCUGCCGGCCUCGUCCUGCCCUGAAACACGCCUCCGCUGACAGACUAAUCAUCAAACAGCUUCACCUUCGCCAUCUGUUUAAAAUUUUGUCCACACAUUGUGUCUAUCACACACACACUCAAGAAGAGUAAAAACACAACGCACACGUUUGCAGCAAGUAUGGCCAGCAUGCUGUCCAGCUUUGGAAAAAUUCUCUUGCGCCGCCGCACUUUAGACUUUUCCGGGGAAGAGUCACACUUCGCUCGAUGCCUGUCCACCCUAGACCUCAUCGCCUUGGGGGUGGGCUCCACACUGGGCGCUGGUGUCUACGUGCUUGCCGGCGAGGUGGCCCGAGAGAAAGCGGGGCCCGCCAUUGUGCUCUGCUUCCUCAUUGCCGCACUCUCCUCCAUGUUGGCCGGCCUAUGCUACGCAGAAUUUGGAGCUCGUGUCCCCAAGACGGGUUCAGCAUACCUCUACAGUUACGUGACGGUCGGCGAGGUUUGGGCCUUCAUCACUGGGUGGAACCUCAUACUCUCCUAUGUGAUAGGUACUGCGAGUGUGGCCCGUGCGUGGAGUUCCACUUUCGACAAUCUCGUAGAGCAGAAGAUCUCUGUCUUCUUUAAAGCCUCUAUGACCAUGAAGGUGCCUGGAAAAGUAUUGGCGGAGUACCCCGACCUGUUUGCCCUCAUACUGGUGCUGCUGCUUACUGGACUCCUGGCCUUUGGCGUGAGCGAGUCAGCGCUGGUAAACAAGAUCUUCACCGGCAUCAACUUGGUGGUCCUGGGCUUCGUGAUCAUCUCGGGCUUUGUUAAAGGAAACACGGCAAACUGGAACUUGACGUUGGAUGACUAUAACGGUUUCCUUAACAGCACUAACAUAAGCGGGUCUGCAACUACUGACGAUCCAUUUGGGACCGGUGGUUUUGCGCCGUUCGGCCUCGCAGGUGUCCUGUCUGGUGCCGCCACCUGCUUCUAUGCCUUUGUGGGCUUUGACUGCAUCGCCACCACAAGCGAGGAGGCCAAGAAUCCCAUGCGCUCCAUCCCCAUCGGCAUCGUGGCCUCGCUUCUCAUCUGCUUCUUUGCCUACUUUGGCGUGUCUGCUGCUCUAACUCUCAUGAUGCCCUACUACGAGCUGAACACCCAGAGCCCCCUGCCCGAAGCUUUUACCUACGUGGGCUGGGCUCCUGCCCGCUACAUCGUGGCCGUGGGCUCCCUCUGUGCUCUGUCUACCAGCUUGCUUGGCUCCAUGUUCCCUAUGCCCCGCGUCAUCUACGCCAUGGCGGAGGAUGGGCUGCUGUUCCGUUCUCUGUCCAGGAUGAACCUUCGCACCAAGACUCCUCUGCUGGCCACCAUUGUUUCUGGCAUUGUCGCAGCUCUGAUGGCCUUCCUGUUUGACCUUGCAGCGUUGGUUGACCUCAUGUCCAUCGGAACUCUGCUAGCAUACUCGCUAGUGGCAAUCUGUGUUCUCAUCCUCAGGUACCAACCAGGAACCUUGAACUCGUCCAGCCAGACAGAGAAGCUAGUGGAGCUCGUAGAAGGCGAAAAGGUAGCAGUAAGCGGCGGGGACAGUGGCGAUGAGUACACUGAGAACGAGGAAAAGCCCCUCCAGGAGGCUUUCACUUUCAAGCUGCUAUUCUGCCCAAGCGGAAAGACCCCCACGCAGACCUCGGGGACAAUCGUCUACGCCACCACCGCCGUCAUCUCCAUCUUGAUCACCGUACUGUGCAUCAUCCUGGCCAACUGUCUGCAGCAGCUGCUGGACGGACAUGGAAUCGUGGUGGCGACUUGUGUCAUUUUGGCUCUGCUGUGCGCCGUCUGCCUUAUCAUCAUCUGCAGGCAGCCCGAGAGCAAGGAGGCCCUGACCUUCAAGGUUCCUCUGCUCCCUUGGUUGCCUCUCUUCAGCGUCUUUGUCAACAUCUACCUCAUGAUGCAGCUUGAUCAGGGCACCUGGUGUCGCUUCACCGUGUGGAUGGUCAUCGGUUUCAUCAUCUACUUCGCCUACGGCAUCAAGAACAGCAGCGCCAACCGGUCGUCCGCGCGCAAAUACGAGCCGGCGCUGCAGUCCAAGAGCCCCAUUUACAAGGGAGCCCCCGACGACAGCGAUGCGGAGGGAGGCAGCAGCCCCUGAUAACUACUGACGUGGUCUUGGAGAAGGUGGGGAGCGGGGGUGGGCGGAGCUUGAAAGAAGGGAGGAAGAGGCCACAAAUCUUUACCUCUAAACUUGACGAUUAAGACACUGUGACGUGUCGCUCUGUAGUUUGUUUGUAGUUAGCAACGUAGCCCUCGCUCUUAACGCUUUGACUCUGAUUGUGAGGAUUGCUUUCCUUCAUUUGGGAUGAUGGACUUGUAUCAUUUUCCAGUUGAAGACUUGAUUGCACCAGCCUGUUGCUUUGUGUCUGCUGCGUGUGUGUGUACAAAGAGAGUAGUGCUGAAGCCAACAGGCCACGGUCCAUAGUGGACUUAAUACUGUGAGGUCACCAGCACACAAUCCUUGUUGAUGUCAUCUACACAACUCUAAAGUUUUUAAUAUCAGACCCCUUUUUUAUUUAAAAAUACAUUCAUUAUUGGGUCUUAGGUCAAACUUGAGGUUCCAACAUGAGUUGCUGCACUGUAAAUACACCUUUGUGCCAUUCAAGGUCAUGAAUUUUUACUAACUGAGGGAAAACAGAACUUUUAACAGGUUGUUACAUUGUGCAAAUUAUUUCAAUUGACUUAAAAAAACAAUACUUUUCCACUACACAGUAGCUUAAAACAGAGCAACUGCGAAUACCCAGCCUCAUUGAACGCAUCAGUCACAACAAUGGACAGGGAAGGAUAUAUGGCUAUCCUAAAGGAAACUAAGGGCUUGUUUACGCAUUAGUCGGAACGCUAACAGUAGGCAGAAAAUGACUUAAAUCUUAUCCGAGAGGAGACUAGGGCCUUAGUUUACGCUUUAGUCAGAAAGCUAACAAUGCGUAGAAAUUUAGUUCAGGUUAUCUGAGAGGAGACUAAGGACUCGGUUACGCAUUAGGUUAGACGCUAGCAACAGUAAGCAUAAAAGUUAUUUAGGUUAUCCGAUAGGAGACUAUGGGCCUGGUUACACGUGAAUUGGAAUGCUAACAACAAAUAACGUAAGGUUAUCUGAGAGGAGACUAAGGGCUCUGUCACGCAUUAGUCGGAACGCGAACAACAGUUGGCAUUAAAUGAUUUUAAGUUACCCGAGAGGAGACUACGAGCGCACUGAGCCGUUUUAACCACGCCAGGCUGGUGCCUAAGUAAGGUACCGAAUGCCCAGCGAGUGUUGCAGCAAAGUGGAGAUUGCGGAGCAUAAAAAGUCACAGCAAUCUAAUGUUGAAACGGCCAGCAGUCUUCUCAGCUGACCAUUAAUUAGUACCUCCAAUAUCCUGUUGGAACUGUGCUGUGGAAAGUCCAUUGUUAGACACCAAAACUUGCCAUUCAGAUUUAGGGAACUUAACAAGUUUGUGUUUGAUUGAUGAAUGUGUGGAAGCUGGAGGGUUUUUACAAUGAGAAUCUGCCUCAUGGCUAACAUUUUGUCAUUUGUUGUUGAAUUUCCUUCUGGGUUUUCGUUUCAACUGAAACUUGGCAGCUUUGUCUGUUAAGUUUGUUUCUUUCCUCAAGUAGAGUUGUCCAUAUCUGAACGUGCAUUAUAGAAGUGUGGGGAAAAUUCCUUUCAUUUAUCACAAUCAGUUCAUAUCUAUUGACAGGGAUUUUUUUUUUUUUUUUCAAACCGUGGCAUGUACAUUUUUUAAGUUUGGUCUUCCCCACAAUGGGUUGCAGCGUCCAAGCGUAAAAAAAAGACAAAUUUUAUUAAUCAUAACAUAAUAUUGGCUUUUCGAUUCCUGUUUGUUGUGAUGAAUUCAUCUCUGUAUAUUGUCAUCAUUUUAACGUUUGUACAUCAUUUGUUUUUUUUUGUUUUUUUUUUUGGGAGAAAGUCUGAUAUAAGUUAUCCUUUUAGACUAAAACAAAUCAAAUACUUCUGCUUUAUGAAGAGUUGGUCUCUAAAUGAUGUCCCCCAUGGGAUUUAUAAUUUAUGUGCUUUACUGUAUAUUGUACAGUAUUUGUGUACAAUUAUUUAUAUAAUGUUGUAAAUUUAAUGACUGCCCCCAUACCAAAAGCUGUACGUUUUUUUUGUUGAUUUUAUUCAAUAAGCAAUGCCUGAAUAUGUGAUAGGAAAGCACAAAGGCUGGUUGAUCAAAUUUGAAAAUGUUAACAUGAAAUAGCUACGCCCCAAUUUUGCAUCCAGCCCUCGUGCCUUUCUCAACUAUCAUUACCCCUCUUUUAUUUUGCUAAUUGAUAUUUGUUUUAUAAACUGUACAUAUAGCUGUCAUGUAAAAAUAAACCAUACUGUACUUACGAGUA